UCCAGCAAAUGGCAUCGACAACACUCUUUGUUGAUUUGGAACCACAGCUAAAUAAAGAUGGGAGUCUUCCUCUAACCCCCUACAAUCUAUACGUUCUUUUUGGCGACUUUUUGAAAAACUGGCUCAACAUCGUAUGCUUCUAUAAGGGAUUGUACCCCAAACAUUCCUUCAGCUUGAACAAAUACAACUAUAUGGGGCUAGUGGUUCCAGUCAAUCGAAACCCCAAAGUGCUUAAAUGGCAGGACGAUUUUGUUCUCAACUUUAUUAGAAAUCUAAUCAAUGUCAAUUUAACACCCAACGACCCCAAAAACAAAAACAAUUUCCAGCGACUCUCUUUGGUGAUUUUCAAAAACAGAGAAAAAAAGGAAAUAACCGAACGACUCGUUAUUGAUUUGAAUAAUUUUUAUGUCGUUAAUGAUCCGAAGAUCAUAAAGAAAACUUUGUCAAAGGAGUUCAAUUUAACCUGGGAUAUUAUUUAUGAGAAUUUUAGAGCCUAUGUUUUUCAGUUGUUAUCAGUGAUAGACGAUAAGAACAAAAGAGACCCAAAUGCAGAUGAGAGCUCUACUUUUGAAAUAUUUCUAGAAACUACAGGUGAAGCACAUAUCAACAAAAAUGACAAUAAUUGGGUAUUAAACUAUUCAAAAAAUAUUGUAAAUCCCCAAACUAAUACCAUAUAUAACAAAAACAAGAGCAAAAUUGCAAUUGAGCCUCUAUAUCCAGUUAGUGUAGGCCCACUUGUGUUUGAUAGUUUUAUCGAGACGAUUGCAGAUUGAUCAGUUCCAAAAAUCUCCAGUUAUGCUUUUUCCAAUUUCAGCCAAAUCUUUCUGGCUUUCUUUUAUUUCUUUAUAGAUUUCUUUUAAUUUGCUACUUUUAUCUCUCUUAAUAAACUCGUCCACAUCACUUACGCUUCCAUUCAUAUACUUCGCUUUAAAUACAAUUUCAAUAAUAUUAUUCAACUUAAUGCUUAUUUCUUUACCAGA